AUGAAACGUCAACUACCCAAAAUUUUAUUUAAUUCUUUUCGUUCAACAAAAAAGAGACAAAAAGUCCCAGCUUUAGAAAUUGAAAAUUUUGAAUUUGAGGAUGAUGAUAGUCAACCAAAAUUGUUAUCUUCAAGUCAAUUUUAUACGGAUUUUAUGGAUUGGGAAGGAGGAGAAGGGGAAGGGAGUUGUUGUAGUUGUGGAGAUGAUGAUGAUAAUCAAACUUCAUCUUCUUCCUCUCAACGCAGCAAACACGACAAAAAAGAAAAGAAUAAAAAUAUUAUUUCUCCCAUCGAUAGCCCCCCAAAUUCCUCCACCUCUUGCGUUUCACUGCCACGUGCCAAAUUUCCUCUAAAAUCAUCAUGUUCACCUUUAUCCUCUCCAACUACUGCUGGUCCAAUGGAAAAAUCUUUGGGUGGAGGAGGUGGAAAAGUGAAUUAUGUUUUGGAUGAAUUGUUAAGUACAGAGCGCACUUAUGUCCGCGAAUUGGCUGAAAUCAUUCAUCACUAUAUUCAACCAUUAGAGGCUCUUGAAUUUACUAGCAACAAUGGGACAACUAAUUCACAUAAUAAUAACAGUUUACCAGGACAGUCAAAUAUACUUUUUGGAAAUAUUCGAGAAUUGCACGAUUUCCAUCAUUCAAUCCUUCUCCCUUCUUUUCACCAAAAUUCAAAUUCUGUAGAAGGCGUUUCAACAGUUUUAUCAUCUCAAAGACAUCGACUUUUAUCUUUAUAUCGUUACUAUUGUCGCAAUAAACCAAUUAGUGAAGAAUUAAGAAGAGAACAUUUAAUUGAUCAAAAUAAAUUUAUUUUGGAUUGCCAAAGGAGGGCCGGUCAUUUACUUCCUCUGUCUGCCUAUUUAUUGAAGCCUAUUCAACGAAUUACCAAAUACCAACUUUUAUUAAAAGAAUUAGUUAGACAUUGCCCAACAGCUGGACAAUCAUUACAACAUGUCCAAACAGCCUUAACUUCAAUGCUGGAAUUAUUAGCUCAAAUAAAUGCUGAUAUGGAACAAUUACAUAUACUUGGAUAUCCUGGUGAUCUACGCCUUCUAGGCUCUCUCCGCCUUCGAACAGAGUGUGACGUUUCUAUUUAUAAGAGAUCAAAGAGUGCAAGUGCUGGAGGUGUAAAUGGAGGUAGAAGGAAUGGAAUUAAAGGAAAACAACAGAGAAGGCAUUUAUUACUUUUUGAUGGAGGCAUUCUCUUCUGUAAAAAACGUUUACAAACAACAACAACAACUCAACCAGGCUGUGAAUAUUUUGAACAUAAAUUUUGUAUCCCAAUAAAUUCUCUCGGUUUUGCUGAAUGUUCCCGUUUUUCGGAUGAAAAAUUUGAAAUUUGGGAUAUUAAUGAAAGUGGAAAUUCUGCCAGUUGUUUUGCUAUACAUCCAUUAGAUGAAAAAGUUAGGCCAAAAUGGAUACAUAAACUUUCCAAAUUAACUGUCUUAAAUCAACAACAACAACAAUUAGUUGAAGCUGCAGCUUUGGGGAUGCCUGAUUCUUCUUUUUAUUUACAACAAAGAGAGGAAUAUAUGAAUAAUAGAACAAGGCCUCAAUCUUGGACAACUACCAGCUCUUCUGAAGAUGGUAUAACAACAAUAAAUCCACAACAAAUUUGCAAUAAAAGAAAUAAAGGAAAUAAUAAUAGUGCAGCACAAUCAAGUCGUUCUUCUACUUCUUCCUCUUCUGUUAUCUUUGGAGAUACAAGUCCAACAGGAGAAGAUUUGAACGAGACUGAAAUAACUUUUAGAAGGCAUUCAGACUCCUCUUCGUCCAGUAAUUCUUCUAGAAAGAACGAGCUUUUACCAAGAAGUCAAUCACAACCACCAGAAUUUUUACAACUUGAAGAAAUUAAUAAUACUAAUGGUGGUGGGAUGCAGAGAAUUGAUAGAUUAUAA